AUGGUUCCCCCACUUUCGGCCACCGGCCCCGGAACAAGGCGGAGCCUCCCUUCUUGGCUCAAGCCCGGCCGAGGGCGAGGCAGCUCGGUUGCCAGGGGCGCUGCCUCGCUCGGCAAACACAGUUGUCGGACGGCGCCGGGAGGGAGGCGCGGCGAGCCAAACCGUCGGGGAAGGAGAAGAGACGGACCCGCAACUAGCGACGGAAGAAGAAAGUGGGGAGGGGGCGGAUGCCGGAGAGAGCCCGGCUGGCCGCUGGAAGUCGAGUCCCCUCGGGUCGCUUCUGGUCCCGGCGGGGGCCAGGAAGGACCCUCGGAAGCGGCCGCGAUGGGUGAGUUUGCAGAGGAAGAGUGCUGCGACUUCGACCCCCUGCCGGCGCUCUCGGAGGACGAGGAGAAUGUGUCGCUCACUGAUGUUCUUUCACUGCAAGAUAGCUGUCUUACUGAGCAAGAUAUUUGGGCUAUUUGCCUGGAGUGUAGUCAGUCUUUGAAGAACAUUAUCCACUCUACAGUCUUCCAGACCCUUUGCAUCACUCCUGACACUUUGGCUUUUAACACCAAUGGCAAUGUAUGCUUCAUGGAACAGAUCAGUGAUGAUCCAGAAGGAGCUUUCGUCCCACCAGAGAUUGAUGAAACUGGAAACACAUUUGAAGCCCAUCUGUAUUCCUUAGGAGCUACUUUAACAGCAGCACUAGAGUAUACAAUGGAAACUGAAACGGAUCCGGAAUUUAGCCAGGAUCUCUAUUCUCUGCUUGGACAAAUGCAGAAAGAAAAUCCUAAAGAAAGGCCAGACAUUGAGGUUGUUAUAUCAUUAUGCAAAGAGAAACUCAAGCUUUCCUCCCCAACUGAUAUUUGCCAGGCUCUUUCAGCCACUGGAAGAAAAAUGCUUUCAAUUGAAUCAUAUGGCACCUUUCAAGACAGUUCUGAUAACAUCUGGGAAGGGACAUUCUAUGAGAACCCUUCGCCGUAUGAAGAGUGCCCAGGUGAUAACUUGGCUAAGACUAGAACACCAUCACCAGAGGACUUGAAGUUUGCUAGAAGUGAAAGUUCUUUUGGCACCUAUGCUCCAAAUGAUGGAAACAGUGAUGUAAAGACCAUGAAAAUCAACAAGAGGAAGGAAAGAGUUUGCUGCCAAAGUAUUUCAACCUGGGUUACAAAAAGUCAAGAGAGGAACAGUUUUAUGAAACGCAACAAGGAGUUAGAUGCCAAUCCAUAUGCAACCGGAGCGGAAGGAGAUACAUUUGAGAGAUACUGUUUAAGGAAAAUUAGAACUUUUCCAAAUGUGCCAUUUAACUCUGAGACACACUCAAGAACAUGUUUAUCUUUUAUAGAGCAUCACACUUCACUGACAAGAAAGCAGUGUCAGUUACAACCUGGUUGUACUGAGGAUACUCUCUUAGAAGGAACAUUAAUUCAGUGUGAUCAUCCUGAAUCAAAAUCAGCAUCUCUUCCGCAUAACAAUUUUGGAGAAUUUUGUCUGAGCCCAAAUACAUCUUCAGUGUAUCCAAACUAUAGUGAUGACAAAGAAACUGUGGAUAUUUUUCCAUAUCGUUGUGCUGUUUCUGAGACUUCAGGCCAAAAUAAUCCAUCACAUGCAACAGAAGAAACAAAUACUGGACAGAAUGCAUUAGAAAACUGUUGUGUAAGUGAAUUCCGCAAUGAAACUCCUCUAAAAUCAGGUGAAAACUGUUUGUUUCAUAUUAACAAAAUGUCUCCCACAUUUAUGGCCUUUAAGGAAGAUGGAUGUAAGUCAAGCAUGCUAAGUUCACCUGAAGAGAAACACAGGGAGAGAAAAGACUGUUGGAAUGAAGACAGACAAUAUGACGACGGGGAUUCAGAAAUAGGAAACAAUGAGUGUGUUUUUCUGAAACAUCUCUUAAUACAGUAUGGUAAACCCUUGAAAGAUUAUGAACUCUGGGCUUUAUGCCACGAAUGUUUGCUCACUCUGGAGACAUAUACAGAUUAUCCAGCGUAUUUAUGUUUGGAUUCUAUAGUAAUCAAUCAUGAUGGAAGUAUUACUUUUGUUCCAUAUGGAAAUGAAGAAUCUUUGGAUAGGUUUUACUUGGCUCCUGAGGCAGCAGAAGAGGGUUUUGUUACUGAAAAGGCCUGUAUUUACUGUAUGGCUGCAAUUUUGUGGAGAACAGCAAGAAGCAAUUUUCCACCUGAUCACAAAUUGGUGUUGCCAGGGAAACUGAAAGAUUUUCUUCUGAAUAUGGCAAGAAGCAAGCCAGGAGACCGCCCUUCUCUAGCAGAUGCAAUUAAGAUUUGUCGUAGUUAUCUACUUGAACAAAAUAUCAGCAGCAAGAUGAUUCUAGAAGUUUUAGCAAAAAUGGCGUUUCAGGACCUCAGAGGAAAGGGUUCUUUUAAUGUUAACUGGCCUUUUCAAAAUGAAAGUUGCUCAGGAAAUGCUAACUUAGGAUUUUUGCCUAUGAGCAAUGAAAGCAAACUGAUAGCAGUAAAGGGACCAGUUCCUUGCCAGUCACCUUUAAACAGAGAAAGGAUCACAUUACCAAAUGCCUUCACUUCUUCAGCAACUCAUUUUAAGCCUAUUAUUCUGCAUCAGAAUGGAAAUCAUAAAAUAGAUGCCACUGCAACUCCCGUGGUAGCCUGUGAAACUAUGACAAGAGCAUCCUUUGUGAGUAGCGGAAGUCCAACCCCUUCAAGUAAUGACAAUGAAAAUAAGGCAGAUGAAAUUUCGAAUUUGUCUACUACCUGUAUGAUGCCUGGUGCUCCAGAGCAGAAUGAAGAAGAACCGAAAAUACUACAACAGAAGGAUUCCGAAGAGCAAUCUCCAAGCAGUACUAGUGCCUCUGAUCCCAACUUACCACUUUCUGACUCUUUAUAUGUAUCUCAAGAGAAAUGCAUUUUGGAAACAUCUCCCUCGGCUAAUCCCGACUCUACUGUCCCAUCUAGUAUGGCUUUUGUAAAUAAUUUUCUUUUAAAGCAGGACCCAGAGACAAGGGUUCUGACCCUUGUACCUGUGCAGAUAGCUAUAUCCGAGCAAAUACCCAAUAAACCCCUUCAUUCAAAAGCAACUUACAGCUGUUGUCCGAGUUUGCAUCUGCUCCUUUCAGAACCAGCAAUGACCUGUGAUGCUAAGGGAGCCUUGCAAACAAAUUCAUCCCUAAGCAAUGUGAUUAAGGAUCGAUUUGGUGACGUACAAAAUAAAUGGGGGGACAUCAAAGCGAAGAUGGGUGCUUUAGCGCCAACGACAAUUAAUAAAGAGACUCAAACCAAGCUCUAUGAAAAUAAUCCGUGCCUUGUAUCCUGUAAGAAAUCCAAUACUGAUGCAGAGGAGAGGUUCCUUUUAUCAGAUCACGCACUGGAUACCUCGGUGGGUCAAACUUCUCCUGGUUCACUCAUCCUAGAAACUUCUCAUCAGAAUAAAGGAACACAGAAUGUUGCCCUGGAGAACGUUGUGCGACUUAUCCAAAAAGAGUUUGCAUUUGAUAAAUGUCAGGACGACGUUACUGAAGCCCUGGCUAUAGGUAAAUAUAUUUACACUUUAAAGGAUCUCCAAUACAAUACAUUCUGUAAUGCAGUUUCUGAGAAAUUUUGUGAGCUUCACUGGGAAGAAAAAUUAUUAGCAAAUCUUUAUGGUGCAGCAAAUGGUGGAACUCCUAUACCUGAAAGAAUUAACGAACCACAAUAUUUGAGCAAGACUUUCCAAAGCAAACCACGUACUUCUCUGAGUGGCAGUGAGGAAGCGAAAGAUGAUGUCGCUGGUAUGGAUUCCAAUGAAAAGGAAGUUGAAUCACAAACUCUCCUAGUUGGAAUACAGAUGGAGGGAGAAUGUUUGCAGACUGAAAAAUGUUGCAGUGGGCCAAGUGUUACAGAAACCGAACAAAAGCAAGAAGAAAUUCAAGAAAGGAUUGAAGAAAAUAUGUGCUCCAGCUAUUUGUCUUCUUCUGAAUUGCCCGAAUUUUGUCCUGGUUGGAGCAGUGCAUUCUAUGGUUCAGAAUGGUUCAGUCUAGAUGUACACAAUUAUUUUAGAAAACUUGGAAAACAAAAAGCCCACGGAACUCAAAAUAUUGAUGCUAAAAAAAUGGAACUUGACCAGCUGAUAAUGAUUGAGAAGAAAAAUUACAGAAAGAGCAUAACCUUCUACCAGAGGCUGUUGUGUAAAGAGAGAAGCAGCAAAGGUGGAGAAAUAAAAGCUUUGUUGCCAAAGCUGGAGAGGCAGAUAGAAGAAAUGAAAUCAAAGAUACAGUUUCUUGAGCUUGUGAAGAAGUAUCUCCAGAUUAUGUGUGCAGAAAAAUGGGGUGUCGAACCAUGCAACUUCCUUACAGUGGUUAAUAUGGGAAGAAAUGAAACGCUGGACAUCAGUGCCUUAGAUGGCAUGCUCCUCUUUUAUCACAUAAACAAAACUCCAAGUGAAGCUCAGUAUAGUGACAAUCAAAAUUGCCUAAGAAAUCUUCAAGCUGGAACUCCACUUGGAUUAAUGGCAUGUCUGUAUUCCAGAAAUGCGUUUUUAAAAGGCUAUGUUCAACAGUUUCUUUUCACUUUUCGCUAUUUCUGCUCACAAGAGGAACUUUUACAAUUUCUUCUAGAUAGAAUCAGAAUUACCUUGCCCAGUUCCAGCCCAGAAUCUUGUUCAUUGUUCAGCAAAAUGUACCACCGUAGUUUUUCCAUUAUUCAAGCUUGGAUUGAAGAUUGUUACACCGUAGACUUUAGCAUAAACCCUAAUUUCAUGCGAAUACUAAAAGACUUUAUCAUUUUCCAGAUGGUUCCACUCAAUGGUUGUGGCAGACAGUUGCUGUCAUUGCUUAAUAACAUUGCUAGCAAAAAAGAGAGAAAAGCUUCUCAGUUUUGCAAGAUGGAAGAAGGGAUGCAGAUCCAUGAAACUCAAUCAUUACGUUUUUCAUGCAAAAGGGACUCGGGAAAUGUUUUACAAAAGCAUCUUAGCUGGAGAUUUUCAAAAGGCACUGAACCCCACUUGUGUCAUAGAUCCACAACAGAAGAAUCAUCUGGCUUCUGCAUCAAAAUAGCUGAGGCUCCAUAUUUCUUAAAUGAAUACACUGCGCAACAACUUUGUUCUCAGCUGACAUUAUUAGAACAGGAAAUAUUCCAUAAAUGUCAUCCAGUGCAUUUUCUAAAUUCAAGAUUGCUUGGAGUCAACGAUAAAACCAUGCCUCUCCCAAAGGCAUCUUCCUCUGAACUGCUAUCUACUCCGACCUAUAACCUUUUUGCAAAAAACUGUGUCCAAGAUGAUUACCUCCUGCAGCUUUUAAAAUAUGCAGAUAACGUCAGUACCUGGGUUGCUGCUGAGAUUGUCACCAGCUGCAGCUCUAAGGUACAGAUGAAUUUGGUAUCAAAAUUUCUGUUCACUGCCAAGUGUUGCUACAAGCAAAGAAAUUUUGCUACUGCCAUGCAAAUCCUGAGAGGCCUGGAAAAUCUCAUUGUCAGACAAUUGCCUAUUUGGAAAAGCUUGCCUUCUAAAGUCUCUGACAUACUGGAAGAACUGAAGGCUGUAGAGGUAUUUUUAAAGAGUGACAGCUUGAGCUUAAUGGAAGGGGAGAGAUUUAAAACAUCGCCAACAAUUCCAUCGGCUCACAUAUUAGCUAUGCACAUACAGCAACUUGAAACUGGAGGAUUUACGAUGCGCAAUGGCACAUACAAGUGGGCCAAACUUAGAAAUAUUGCGAGAGUUGUAAGCCAAGUUCAAGCAUUUCAAGAAAACCCCUACAUGUUCCUGCCAGAUUGCCAAUUACAAGAUUUCUUAAGACAACGAAUAGCUUUUCUUAACGAUGCAGACAUCUUCGUGUUAGCAGCUGAUAAUUAUGCCAAUUUUCAUCAGAAACCUGAAAAGCAAUCUCGAAAAAUCCAAGAUGCAUUACACAGGAUGAAAGCAAUGUUUCAGUAACUUUAUAUGUGUGUAUGUGUGUAUCUCAAGCAAUUUUUAUUUAAAGAAACAUCUUCCUGGAUCAGUUACUAAAUAGUUGUAUGGGUAAUCCUCCACAAUUGAGCCCAAAAUUUCCAUUGCCAAGCAAAGCAAGUUGUUAAGUCAGCCAUGCCCCAUUUUAUGGCAUUUUUGCCAUGGUUAAAUGCCACAGUUGCUAAGUGAAUAGUUUGUCAUUAAGCAAAACUGGCUUUCCUCAUUGACGAUUUGAGUUUAUUCCUUGAAAUGGAUGCAAAAAAUAAGAGUUAAUAAUCCCCAUUUAGA